AUGGAUCCAGCCAAUGGGACUGGAGUUGAGGAGUUCAUUUUGCUGGGAUUUGAGGCUGGACAGCAAAAGCGGCUCCUUCUUCUCAUUUUUUUCACCAUACUCUACGUGCUCACUUUGGCUGAGAAUAUCACCAUAAUUGCUCUGGUGGUUCUUGACACCCACCUGGCCCGGCUUCCCAUGUACAUCUUGCUGAGCAACUUCUCCUGGAUCGAGAUGUGUUACGUGAGCGCCACAGUGCCCCGUAUGCUCUUUGACCUGACGUCCCCUCAAGGGAUCAUCUCAUUCAGGGACUGCUUCCUCCAGUUCUAUGUCUUCUUUGCUCUUGGCAGCACUGAGUGCUUCUACCUCUCCGCCAUGGCCCUGGAUCGGUACCUGGCCAUCUGCCACCCGCUGCGGUACCCACAGAUUAUGUCCCCAAACUCCUGCUAUAGUCUGGUGGGCUCUUGUUGGGUCAUUGGCUUCCUGUGGUAUCUUGUCCCUGCCGUUUUGAUCUCCAGGUUAUCCUUCUGCAGUUCCAACAUCAUUGACCACUUUUUGUGCGAUGCUGGGCCCAUCCUGUCACUGGCCUGCCCCCCGCUAGGAAUUGCUCCCAUCGUCAGCCAGUUUUGCCUGAAUGCUCUAAUCAUUGGCAACAUGUUCUUUGUUGUGCUCUCCUACAGCAUUGUGGUUAACACUCUAAUGAAAACUUCUGGCCAAGGCAGUCGGAUGAAGGCCUUCUCAACCAUAUCUUUCCACUUAUUGGUGGUGACGCUUUUCUACGGCUCAGUGGCAGGGAUGUACUUAAUUCCAGGUGGAGAAAAUCAAUCCGCGAUAACUAAGGCUGUGACACUGUUCUACACCGCUGUGACACCCUUUCUUAACCCCAUGAUUUACUGCCUGAGGAAUGAUCAGGUAAAGGAAGCACUAGUUAGGCUGUUGAAGAGACAGAUGAUAAUCUAA